AAUACCCCCCAAGUUCUUGACGCCUCCUCAGAACUACCAUGGUACCUCGAAAGAACGCCAAGGGACUUUCACCAGCACCGUCUACACCAGCUCGUCGUCUAAGCUCAGCUGCUUCCUCUCCAGAGAAACCACCUGGUCCGUUGAGCGUCACUAUCUCCCCAGAAGAGCGCGAGGUUAUCAAGGUCAACAAUCACAGCGUUUCUGAGCUCAAGAACGCAUGUGACGAUGCUCUAAAACGAUAUUUAUCGAGACCCGUUUUAUUUAAACAAAUACAUCUUCAUACCGAUGUGCGACUGGCUCUGGGAUGGGCAGGCGUAUUCACAGCAGCAACCACAGGCCUUUAUGGGUGGAAAACUGACUUCGAAAAGUCGAAGCCAGGAGUCUGGGUCGGGUUCAUACUCUACCUGGUCCUCACAUCUCUUCAGACAUUAUACUCCUACUUUGUGGAGGGCGAUACCGUCUUUGUUGGCCGACGGAAAACAUUCUCAAAGAGAAUAAUAACGGAACGGAUUACAAUUUCCUCGCGCACACUUCCAGUGCCAUCCUCUAAAUUAUCUUUCAAGCCAAGCUCCACAAAUUCACCAUCAUACACACUUUCCAUUAAUUAUGUCCAGUCCACAUCAGGGGGGAAGUCACUACUUGCAAAAGGCCGAACACGCGAAGCCAAAGAGUACACAGCCUUCUUCGAUGAGAAGGGCGUGAUGGCACAGGAGGUCUUCGAGCAAUGGAUUGGGGAACUGGUAGAGGCGGUAAUGGAGGGGAAAGGGGCAUGAUUUUUAUGUCUACGCAGAUGCCUUUAUUGUGCGGGUUGAUACGCUGGAAGGACGCAUUCAUGUGGUCCUUUCGCACCAAUCUCUGGACACGAGGGAUGCUGGCAUUAUAUCGUAAUUCACUUCUGAUGCUGACUCCGGUGAGAUGUGGACUACAUGACAAUUAUUUCAACAUCUAUGUACUCCUGUUCAAAGAGAUCAUCAACUUCGUUGGCUCGACAAGUAGAAAUAGACUCACAGUCUCGGUGUUCGGUCGGGUGAAUAGCAACACCCUAUCCUCGUCCAGUAUGAU